UUUCAGUUUGAGUACGCUGUGUCUGUGUGGGAAAUGCACCGUGUGCAUUUCAGAUUGAGUACGCUGUGUCUGUGUUGGAAAUGCAGCUCAGUGAUUGCGCCCUGUGUGUACAGCAGGCCCCUGUUAAAGGCAGUGUGGAGAUGAAGGGGGUGCAGAGGGUGGAGUUGGGGACCCUGCUGCAGGUCACCCAGGCCUUGGAGGCGGUGGUGGGCCCGUGCUUCGGUCCGUCCGGGGGCCAGGUCCUCUUCACCCGCGACUCUGGAGAGGUCCUCAUCACCAGGGAUGGCCGGAGGAUCCUUACCUCCCUUCGGCUUGACCAUCCCGUUGCCAGAGUCCUGGUGGGAUGUGUAUCAGCACACUGUAAGAUCACGGGUGAUGGAGCCAAGUCCUUCCUUCUCCUGCUGGGGGCGCUUCUGCGGGGUAUCCACGGCGACCAUCUCCACGGCAUUCAGGCCCGCCGCGUGGCUCACAUUCUGCUUUCCUUCCAGACGCUCGUUUUGGAUGGCGUGAUCGGGCAGGGCCUCGCCCCUCGCGCCCUGUCCCUUCUCCAGGACCCCGCCCACCUGCGCCCGCUCACGGACGCCUACUUCCGGGGAAAGACGGCGAGCUCCCACUGGGGGGUCCUGAGCCAGACGGCCUGCGAGUUCUACCGCAGGUGGCGGUGUGAGCAGGACUGCACCGGCGUGACCCUGAUCGCCCGCCACUUCGCCGCGCUCCACACGCCCGUACCAGGCCUGCCCGUGAGCCGGUCCCGGGUCCUCCAGGGCCUGGUGAUCCACAGAGACUUUGCGGUGCGUUGCCCUGGCGACGGGCCGCUCCGAGCGCUGGCCACAAGCGUGCCGCUCCAGUCCCCUCUGGCGCCCCCUGGCGUCUCUCUGAACCUGGCGAGCGCGGCGCAGGCGCAGAGGUGCUGCGGCGGGGUGGGCGGGAGGGCAGAGCGGGGCGUGGCCUGCCUGCGCAGGCUGAGGGUGGGGCUGCUGCUCUCGGCAGCGAAGCAGUCGGAGCUGGCGCUGGACCUCGCUCGGCGGGCCGGCCUGUCCGUGGUGGAGUGCGUGGACAGUGACGAGCUGGCGCUGUUCUGUCGGCUGGCGGGGGCGGAGCUCUUUGCCGACCCCGGUGACUGGAGCCUGAUUGGAGAGGAGCACGUUGCCACGGUGACAUUCUGCAAGCCCGUGGUGCUGGGUCCCGACAGGUUGGCCCACGUGGGCUUCCCAGAGGGGCGGGGCUUGGCACCGCACUGCCUGGUUCUGUGCGGGCCCAGUCCCGGCCUGGCGGAGCAGUGCAGCACGGCCUUCUGCGGACUGUUCCGGAUGCUUCAGCGCGUGUACGAGCCUGUCCAGUCGCGUCACGCACAGGGUCCUGUCCAAUCACAUCACCCGCAGGGCAGGGAGGAGGACAGUGAGAACGUAGCUCAUUACAUGGUCAAACAACCCGGCCUACACAAUGGCACAAGGUUAGAUAGAGCACCCGCCAGCAUGAGGGACAAUGCCCACCUGAGCACUGACAGCACAGAGGCUGGAGGGCCACAGGCCAUUAUUGGGGACCCAAACAGGGGUGAGGGGCCACAGGUCCUCAUUAGCGACCCAAACAGGGGUGAGGGGCCACAGGCCCUCAUUAGUGACCCAAACAGGGGUGAGGGGCCACUAUGUGCAGAACCUGAACAUCCAAUUCCGGACUGGCUACGAAAUGGCAAAGCAUCAGGAGAGCGGCCAGGCGUCCAUUUUGGGGAAGGGAAAGAAGGAGCACUGGGGAGCCGUAACCGGGAAACAGGCCCCGCCUCUUCAGGUGUCCUAAUAGAGGCAGGCAGCGUGCUACCAGCAGGGGGCGCGUUUGAGUUCGUACUGCACCACUGCCUCCUGCAGCAGGCCUCCCAGCGGCGCUGCCCCGACCUGCGCGCGGCCUGCCGGCUGGUGGCGGGGGCCGUACUGAGCGUGCCCAGGCGGCUGUACCCCGGCCCACGCUUCCUGGAUGCCCAGUCACACUUCCUCAGGGCCUCUGGGGCCGCCCCCCCCAGCUGUCCCUGCCUGCUGUCCGUGGACCUCAUCCUUCACACCCACAUCCGCAGCCAGGCGGAACACAACCAGGAGGAGGAAGAGGAGGCAGAAGAGUAG